UUAAGGUUUUGACAAAUCAAAUUUAUUUAGUCAAAAGGAAAAUGUUAUCGGGUUUGUGAUUAUAGUUUUGGCUGUCGCAAUAGUAUGAAAGUUUUUGGAAGUGAUAACAUAUUUACUCAUGAAGAUUAUUGAGUGACAGUAUUAAUGGCCUGUUUAUCGAAUGGCUGGGUUCAGCUGGUACCUUUCUGAAGGCUUCCAAGUUAUUAUUGAGAAGUCAAAGGAAGCAAAAUGCUCUCUAAAAGAUGUUCAGUUGCGUUUUUUGUGCCCUGAUGACCUAGAGGAGGUGAGAUCUCUAUGCAGAGAUUGGUUUCCUAUAGAAUACCCACAGUCAUGGUAUGAAGACAUAACUUCAUCGGACAGGUUUUUUGCCUUAGCCGCUGUACAUAAGAGUGAGAUAAUAGGUCUUAUUGUGGCCGAAAUCAAACCUUAUUUAAAAUUGAAUGCUGAGGAUAGAGGGAUACUCUCAAGAUGGUUUGCUUCAAAGGAUACACUUGUUGCAUACAUACUGUCACUAGGUGUAGCGCGCUCGUUCCGGCGGUCGGGCGUGGCCACGAUGCUGCUAGAAGUGCUCAUCAACCACCUGUCGGGCCCGAUGCCGCAGCCGCCGCACGAGCACCGCGUCAAAGCCAUCUUCUUGCACGUGCUCACCACUAACACAGAAGCCAUACUUUUUUAUGAACAUAGAAGAUUCCGUCUGCACUCGUUUCUACCGUACUACUACUCUAUAAAGGGGCGGUGUAAAGACGGGUUCACGUACGUGUACUACGUGAACGGCGGUCACGCGCCGUGGGGGCUGUACGACUACGUGAAGUUCGUGGCGCGCGCGGCGUGGCGCGGCGGCGGCCUGUACCCGUGGCUGUGGGGCAAGCUGCGGACCGCGCUCACCAUCGCCUGGCACAGGUAUCCUCGGCUGCCUAAUCGGAGAUUUAUUGUGCCUGAAAAGGUUUAUUAAUUAAACCGGAGUAUCGAUCGAUCGACAACACAAGGCUUUCAAUUUUGACAUUUUUUUGUGCCUCUAUAUUGUUGUCUCUAUUUUUGUUUUCCUUUUCAGACGAUAAUUCGUAGGCAUUUCAUUAAUACCUGUAUAUUAAUUUCUCAUUACAGUAAAUUAUGUAACAAUGUUAUUUUCAUUCACUGAAUUGUGAAAGCUAGAAUCUACUUGCCAAAUUGAUGAGCUCGCGAUACAUGUGUAGUCACACUUUGUACAUUGAAAUUACAUAUUACUUCUAUAAAUAUCUUUAUUCUAAUUAAAAAUAUGUACUUUAUGAAAACAUGUAAUUGGAUUCAUUAAUUCUACACUUAUGUAGGAAAGGAGAGUCACCAGAGCAGGUACCUAGUCAAAGCUCCCGCCGCUCGCCAAAGGUUCAAAGCUUUACGAGCUUAAGUGUUACACUGGUUGGGCUCUACAUUCAAGAAAAAAUCGUUGCGGUGGAAAUGUCUCUAUAUAAUCUUGUAUACGUAAGCAAAUCAUGGUAUAUGUAUACAUAUAGGUAGUAGUGUUGUAAUAUAUGUACAUUUUUUUUUAAAUACAGUGCUCUACCUAUCUUAGAGGUGGGCGCUAAAAGUUUCGACAUAUCUAGUUAUUUAUAGUUUUUGUUCCUUAUUUGAAAAAUGAUUUGAUUGGAGUUGAAAGUGAUAGUCGCUUCUUUGAGAAUUAAUGUUGUGAUACUAAAGUUAGCCAUACAUUUUAACGUGUCUUGUGGUAAAGCUACAUCAUCAUUCUAAUAUGAUAUGAUUAUGACG